AUGCCUAACAGGAAGGAAUACCUCAAUGCAAACGAGUUCGAGAAUGGCCUCAGGACGUUGGAUACCGAGAUGGGUCGCGAUGAGUGGCUCGUCGCCUUCGCCCCUAUCCGACUCAUCGCAGCAGGCGGGUAUCUGGCCAUAUCCUUCUUCCACAAUCGCGAAAGCACGGAGGACGUCGAUUACCUGAUCGAUCCGGAAUUUGAGCGAGAGAAGGAAAUUCGACAGGCUCUCGAUAGGGCCAUCCUAACUGUAGCAGAGCAACUUAACUAUAACGAGACAUGGAUGAAUAACGACAUGGCUAUCUUCGUCACGGGUCCAUCCCGCCAGACUUUAUUUCGGCAAGCGCUUGGGCAGGGCAUCGCGCUUUUCAAGGGGCAACAUCUCGAGGUCUUGGCUACGCCCAUCGAGUGGGCGCUUGAGACCAAAUUACGAAGAAUAUUUAAUAGCAACCGGGGCAGGAAGGCCAUACUCGAUAUGGGUGAUGCGGUGACUUUUCUCAAGUACCUGAGGACACGGAAUAAAGGACCUCUGAACGCCGAGUCCGUCCGCACGAUGAAUAUAAAUGGGUUCGAUGUCAUUCCGGAUGACAGGACAAUGCGACAGGUGGCUGAUGAAUACCGGAACAAGUACAACGAGGAUAUCUUUUCUUAA